CCCAGUUCACCCACCUUAGCCACGAUGGGGCUAAGAGCUGCCAGCCUUUUCAUGCUCUGGCUGGCUCUUUCCUAUGCAAAUGAAAUAAGAAAAGGAAGGACAAGAAACCAUGGCCACUAUGUCUGCAGCACUUGGGGAAACAACCACUUCAAAACUUUUGAUGGAGACAUCUAUCAAUUCCCUGGCAUUUGCGAGUAUAAUUUUGCUUCUGACUGCCGAGAGUCUUACAAGGAGUUCUCUAUCCACAUUCAACGUGGUCUGAACAGCCAUAACCACCCUGAGAUCCAGUACAUUCUGAUAACAAUCAAGGACUUUACGGUGUACCUCAGACCAAAACUGGCUGUGGUGGAUGGACGGAUUGUGAAAACACCUUACUACAGCUCUGUCUUGCUCAUUGAGAGCAACGACAUUUACACCAAGGUUUAUGCCAAAUUAGGCCUGAUUCUGAUAUGGAAUCAGGAAGAUGCACUGAUGGUGGAGCUGGACAGCAAAUUUAAUAACCAUACAUGUGGUCUCUGUGGGGAUUACAAUGGAGUUCCAAUCUACAAUGAGUUUAUCAAUGGAGAUGCAAGCUACAAUUCAAUUACAUAUGGGAAUUUACAGAAGAUCAGCAAACCCAACACCAGAUGUGAAGAUCCUGAUGAAACUCAGGCUCUUCCAAGCUGUGAUGAGCAUCGUGAUGAGUGUGAGAGCUUGCUGACUUCUUCUGCAUUUGCUGAUUGCCGGUUACGUCUUAAUUUGGAAAUGUACAUCCAAGCCUGCAUGCAGGACAAGUGUGCGUGUAGUGGAAAUGAGGACUCCUUCUGCCUCUGCAGCACCGUCUCUGAGUAUUCUCGCCAAUGUUCGCAUGCAGGUGGCCGGCCGAGUGAAUGGAGGACAUGGGACUUUUGCCCCAAGACCUGUCCUGAUACCAUGGUCUAUAGAGAAAGCAGCUCACCCUGUAUGGAUACUUGCUCACACUUGGAGAUCAGCAGCCUUUGUGAGGAACACUACGUGGAUGGUUGUUUCUGCCCUGAAGGAACUGUGUAUGAUGAUAUUACUGAAAAAGGCUGCAUACCUGCUAACCAGUGCCACUGCAGACUCCAUGGAAAGGAGUAUUCACCUGGAGAAAGCAUUACCAUUGAAUGUGAAGAAUGCACCUGUGAUUCAGGCAGAUGGACAUGCAAAGAUUUACCCUGUCCAGGCACGUGUUCAGUGGAAGGAGGUUCCCAUAUUACCACCUUUGAUGGGAAGAAAUACACCUUCCAUGGAGACUGUUACUAUGUGUUGGCCAAGGGUACUGCAGAUGACAGUCAUGCUCUCCUGGCAGAGCUGGCUCCCUGUGGCUCCACAGACAGGCAGACCUGUUUGAAGAGUCUUGUGCUGUUAGCAGAUCACAAAAAAAAUGUGGUGGUUUUCAGAUCAGAUGGCAGUGUGUUGCUGAAUGAGAUGACAGUGAACGUGCCUCAUGUGUCAGCCAGCUUCUCGGUAUUCAGGCCAUCUUCCUACUACCUUAUUGUACAAACUUCUUUUGGGCUUCAGCUGCAGAUCCAGUUGGUACCAGUCAUGCAGCUGUUUGUGACUGUGGAUCAAUCAGUUCAAGGAAAACUUCAAGGUCUUUGUGGAAACUUUAAUGGAGUGGAAGGUGAUGACUUUAAAACAAGCAGUGGGCUGGUAGAAGCUACAGGGUCUGCCUUUGCUAACACCUGGAAAGCUCAGUCCACCUGUACAGACCAGGUAGAAAAGCUGGAAGACCCCUGCAGCCUCAGUAUUGAAAGUGCAAAUUACGCUGAGCAUUGGUGUUCUUUGCUGAAAAAUCCAGAGGGUCCUUUUGCGAGAUGUCAUUUAGUCAUUGAUCCUUCAGAAUACUAUAAGAAAUGUAAAUAUGACACCUGCCUCUGCGAAGACGGUGAAGAAUGCUUGUGUGCUGCCUUGUCCUCUUACUCAAGAGCUUGUGCUUUCAAAGGGAUCAUACUGGGAGGCUGGAGAAAAAGUGUCUGCACUAGUGAAGUGUCUGCCUGCCCAGGAAACCAAAUCUUCCUUUACAAUCUUACAAUGUGCCAGCAAACCUGUCGUUCCCUUGCUGAUGGUGAAAAGUAUUGCUUGCAAGACUUUGUUCCUGUGGAUGGCUGUGGCUGCCCACAUAAUACAUACUUGGAUAACCAGGGUACCUGUGUGCCCGUCUCCAAGUGCCCAUGUUAUUACAAGGGAUCGUAUCUGGAAGCAGGGGAACAUGUCACAAAAGAUGGAGAACGUUGUGUUUGCCGAAAUGCAAAGAUCCAGUGUACUUCAGUGACAAUAAGAAUGAAAAAUGCAACAGAAUGUUCUUCUAACAAGAUGUACUUUGACUGCAACACAUCCCCAAAGUGGACUUCGCAAACGCCUGUACAACGUAGCUGUCAUACUCGUCGAACUGAUUAUUUCCAGGCAGAGUGUGUCUCAGGCUGUGUGUGUCCUAAAGGUCUAUUCGAUGAUGGGAAAGGGGGCUGUGUUCGGGAGAAGGACUGCCCAUGCAUUCAUAACAACCAGCAGUAUUCUCCUGGAGAGAAGAUAACAGUGGACUGCAACACCUGUACCUGCCAAAACGGAGAUUGGAGCUGCACUAAAGAGGUGUGCUAUGGGACUUGUAUCAUAUAUGGAAGUGGCCAUUAUAUCACCUUUGAUGGAAAAUUCUAUGACUUUGAUGGGAGUUGUGAAUAUGUGGCUACUCAGGAUUUUUGUGGUGACAAAAAUUCCAGUGGCUCGUUCAGUAUCAUCACAGAGAAUGUCCCUUGUGGAACUACAGGAGUCACCUGCUCAAAGGCUAUUAAAAUUUUUCUAGGGAAAACUGAACUGAAAUUGGAGGACAAAGAUUAUAAAGAAAUGCAGCGAGAUCACGGUGAUGAUGUGAAAUAUUGGAACAGGACAGUAGGCCUCUACCUUGUUAUUGAGGCCAGCAACGGUGUGAUGCUUAUCUGGGAUAAGAAGACUACUGUUUUCAUCAAGCUGACCCCUGAUUACAAAGGCAAAGUGUGUGGUCUGUGUGGCAACUUUGAUGACAAGUCUAACAAUGACUUUACAACAAGGAAUGGGCUGCAGGAGACUAAUGCUCUGAAGUUUGGGAAUUCCUGGAAACAGUCUUUCGUGUGCCCAGAUGUCACAGAAGAGAUUAAGCCCUGUGAUGUGAAACCACAUCGGAAGUCCUGGGCAGAAAAAGAAUGCAAUAUCAUCCGGAGUCCAGUCUUUAAUAUUUGUCACUCCAAGGUGGACCCGACUCCGUUCUAUGAAGCUUGUGUUCAUGAUGCCUGCUCUUGUGACAGUGGUGGAGACUGUGAGUGCUUCUGUUCUGCAGUUGCUGCAUAUGCUCAAGAAUGUACCAAGGCUCAGGCCUGUGUUUUCUGGAGAACUCCUGAUAUAUGCCCAAUAUUUUGUGACUACUACAACCCUCGUAAUGAGUGUGACUGGCACUAUGAGCCUUGUGGCAGUGAUGUUAUGACCUGCAGGAUGAUUAAUCAUGUCAGCACCAACUUUUCAGUACCAUACCUGGAAGGUUGCUACCCCAGAUGCCCUGAGGACAAACCUGUUUAUAAUGAAGAAACAAAGGAAUGUGUGCAUGGAGAUGAAUGUGGGUGUUACGUCAAUGGAACUUAUUAUCCUCCUGGAAACGAAAUACCCACGAAAGAGAACUGUACACAAUGUGAAUGUGGCCCCGCAGGAUCCAUAGAGUGCAAACCACUGCCAGGGUGUCCUUGUGUCAUCAAUGGAACGAGAUAUGAAGUGAAUCAAACUGUGGCACAUAUAAAGGAUGGUGACAUAUGUAAAAACUACAUUUGUGCAGAAAAUGGUUCUAUAGUUGAAAUUACUUAUCCGUGUCCGACAUCUGCUUCACCUACAACCAUUUCAACCUUCUCCCCUGUUAUUACUCUUACCACCACAGUUACGAGUACAAGCACUCCAGUAUCUACAACUCCAUGCAGUAAUUUCAUCUGUGAUUGGACUGAAUGGUUUGAUGUUAGUAAUCCUGAAAAAGAUGGCGGUGACUAUGAAACCUAUGAUGCAAUAAGACAACACGGAAACAAAAUAUGUCAAACUCCUGAAAAAAUUGAAUGCAGGGCUAAAGAUAGUCCUCAUCUGAGUUUAGAGGAACUUGGCCAAAAAGUAGAGUGUAAUGUUACGUAUGGACUAAUCUGUAGAAAUGAGGAGCAAGAUCCAACUAUGUGGGAACUUUGCUAUAAUUAUGAAAUCAGGGUAAACUGUUGUGAGGAGCAUAAAGUGCCUUGUGCGACUGAAAGUACACCGAGUCUAACACCAACAGCAACUUCAACCACCACCAGCACGACAAUACCUAUUACCACUACAACCAGGCAGACAACAUCAAUUAUCACCACGCCCAUACCUACCCCAACCAUCACAAGACAACCGCCACCAUCAGUCACCACCUCAGUAAUGUCAACUUCUUCAGUGAGCACAGUGUCCUCCCCACAUGUAUCAACAACUGUCCCCACGCCAACACCAUCAGGACCUUCCAGCAGCACCACCACGAUGCCCCCCAGCAGCACCACCAGCAGCACACCAGGCACAACGACGACUGUUACUGGCACACCAACACCCACCCCGACUACUAUAAGCACAUCCAUAACCACUUCAACAGUCACCGUCACCCCAUCACUGACGCCUUCACCCGCAACACCUGAAGACUGUUCCUGCAAGUGGACAGACUGGAUUGAUGUGAGUUACCCAGAUGGUUCUGACAGAAACAGUGGUGACUACGAAACCUUUGAGAAUAUUCUGAAGAACGACCCCUCCUGGGUCUGCGCGAAAGUUGAGAAUAUUUCUUGCAGAGCAGAGAAAUUCCCUGGGGUUGCCAUUGAAGAUUUAGGGCAGAAGGUGGAAUGCAGUGUUGACAGAGGGCUUACCUGUAACAACAGCGAUCAGCGCCCAGGUGGUAUGGUACAGAUACCAGUCUGCCUCAAUUACGAGAUCAGUGUCUGCUGCGUUCCCGACCGACCAGAGUGUUUCCCAACGACAACCCCACCUUCAUCCACAACGUCGUCUCUACCCACAUCGACAACCGCACCAACGCCAUCGGGGCCUCCCAGCAGCACCACAACCACCACCACCACAACCACGACCACACCCCCCACCAGCACCACGACCAGCAGCACCCCAGGCACAACGACGACUGUUCCUGGCACACCAACACCCACCCCGACGACUACAAGCACAUCCGUGCCCACACCAACAUACACCACCUCCCUGCCAUCUCCAACCACACCACCUAGAGAGGGUACAACGACUGAAUCAGGAACAUCGACAAAGACGAGUACUCCAGUUACUCCUUCGGCUACCCCACUGCCAACAACCAGAACGACAGAAACGGAAAGUUCGGUGUCUACCACAGGCACCACAAUCCAACAGUCAACACCAUCGGUACCAACAAGCACAGUGACGGUCACCACCUCCGGAGUCACUGAAACAGGAACGACCAGCAAACCCACCACUUCGGGACCCACACCCUCAGGAUCCACUCCCCGCAGCACCACAAUAAUAACAGAACCAUCUACCCACGAGACCACUACCACCGGGACUAGCAGCCCUCCCACAGGAUCACGGACCACCGCCAUCAGCACCCCCACCAGCAGCACCCCGGGCACAACGACGACUGCUCCUGGCACACCAACACCCACCCCGACGACUACAAGCACAUCCGUGCCCACACCAACAUACACCACCUCCCUGCCAUCUCCAACCACAACACCUGGAGACUGUUCCUGCAAGUGGACAGACUGGAUUGAUGUGAGUUACCCAGAUGGUUCUGACAGAAACAGUGGUGACUACGAAACCUUUGAGAAUAUUCUGAAGAACGACCCCUCCUGGGUCUGCGCGAAAGUUGAGAAUAUUUCUUGCAGAGCAGAGAAAUUCCCUGGGGUUGCCAUUGAAGAUUUAGGGCAGAAGGUGGAAUGCAGUGUUGACAGAGGGCUUACCUGUAACAACAGCGAUCAGCGCCCAGGUGGUAUGGUACAGAUACCGGUCUGCCUCAAUUACGAGAUCAGUGUCUGCUGCGUUCCCGACCGACCAGAGUGUUUCCCACCGACAACCACACCUUCAUCCACAACGUCGUCUCUACCCACAUCAACAACCGCACCAACGCCAUCGGGGCCUCCCAGCAGCACCACAACCACCACCACCCCAACCACGACCACACCCCCCACCAGCACCACGACCAGCAGCACCCCAGGCACAACGACAACUGCUCCUGGCACACCAACACCCACCCCGACGACUACAAGCACAUCCGUGCCCACACCAACAUACACCACCUCCCUGCCAUCUCCAACCACACCACCUAGAGAGGGUACAACGACUGAAUCAGGAACAUCGACAAAGACGAGUACUCCAGUUACUCCUUCGGCUACCCCACUGCCAACAACCAGAACGACAGAAACGGAAAGUUCGGUGUCUACCACAGGCACCACAAUCCAACAGUCAACACCAUCGGUACCAACAAGCACAGUGACGGUCACCACCUCCGGAGUCACUGAAACAGGAACGACCAGCAAACCCACCACUUCGGGACCCACACCCUCAGGAUCCACUCCCCGCAGCACCACAAUAAUAACAGAACCAUCUACCCACGAGACCACUACCACCGGGACUAGCAGCCCUCCCACAGGAUCACGGACCACCGCCAUCAGCACCCCCACCAGCAGCACCCCGGGCACAACGACAACUGCUCCUGGCACACCAACACCCACCCCGACGACUACAAGCACAUCCGUGCCCACACCAACAUACACCACCUCCCUGCCAUCUCCAACCACAACACCUGGAGACUGUUCCUGCAAGUGGACAGACUGGAUUGAUGUGAGUUACCCAGAUGGUUCUGACAGAAACAGUGGUGACUACGAAACCUUUGAGAAUAUUCUGAAGAACGACCCCUCCUGGGUCUGCGCGAAGGUUGAGAAUAUUUCUUGCAGAGCAGAGAAAUUCCCUGGGGUUGCCAUUGAAGAUUUAGGGCAGAAGGUGGAAUGCAGUGUUGACAGAGGGCUUAUCUGUAACAACAGCGAUCAGCGCCCAGGUGGUAUGGUACAGAUACCGGUCUGCCUCAAUUACGAGAUCAGUGUCUGCUGCGUUCCCGACCGACCAGAGUGUUUCCCACCGACAACCACACCUUCAUCCACAACGUCGUCUCUACCCACAUCAACAACCGCACCAACGCCAUCGGGGCCUCCCAGCAGCACCACAACCACCACCACCCCAACCACGACCACACCCCCCACCAGCACCACGACCAGCAGCACCCCAGGCACAACGACAACUGCUCCUGGCACACCAACACCCACCCCGACGACUACAAGCACAUCCGUGCCCACACCAACAUACACCACCUCCCUGCCAUCUCCAACCACACCACCUAGAGAGGGUACAACGACUGAAUCAGGAACAUCGACAAAGACGAGUACUCCAGUUACUCCUUCGGCUACCCCACUGCCAACAACCAGAACGACAGAAACGGAAAGUUCGGUGUCUACCACAGGCACCACAAUCCAACAGUCAACACCAUCGGUACCAACAAGCACAGUGACGGUCACCACCUCCGGAGUCACUGAAACAGGAACGACCAGCAAACCCACCACUUCGGGACCCACACCCUCAGGAUCCACUCCCCGCAGCACCACAAUAAUAACAGAACCAUCUACCCACGAGACCACUACCACCGGGACUAGCAGCCCUCCCACAGGAUCACGGACCACCGCCAUCAGCACCCCCACCAGCAGCACCCCGGGCACAACGACGACUGCUCCUGGCACACCAACACCCACCCCGACGACUACAAGCACAUCCGUGCCCACACCAACAUACACCACCUCUCUGCCAUCUCCAACCACAACACCUGGAGACUGUUCCUGCAAGUGGACAGACUGGAUUGAUGUGAGUUACCCAGAUGGUUCUGACAGAAACAGUGGUGACUACGAAACCUUUGAGAAUAUUCUGAAGAACGACCCCUCCUGGGUCUGCGCGAAAGUUGAGAAUAUUUCUUGCAGAGCAGAGAAAUUCCCUGGGGUUGCCAUUGAAGAUUUAGGGCAGAAGGUGGAAUGCAGUGUUGACAGAGGGCUUAUCUGUAACAACAGCGAUCAGCGCCCAGGUGGUAUGGUACAGAUACCGGUCUGCCUCAAUUACGAGAUCAGUGUCUGCUGCGUUCCCGACCGACCAGAGUGUUUCCCACCGACAACCACACCUUCAUCCACAACGUCGUCUCUACCCACAUCAACAACCGCACCAACGCCAUCGGGGCCUCCCAGCAGCACCACAACCACCACCACCCCAACCACGACCACACCCCCCACCAGCACCACGACCAGCAGCACCCCAGGCACAACGACAACUGCUCCUGGCACACCAACACCCACCCCGACGACUACAAGCACAUCCGUGCCCACACCAACAUACACCACCUCCCUGCCAUCUCCAACCACACCACCUAGAGAGGGUACAACGACUGAAUCAGGAACAUCGACAAAGACGAGUACUCCAGUUACUCCUUCGGCUACCCCACUGCCAACAACCAGAACGACAGAAACGGAAAGUUCGGUGUCUACCACAGGCACCACAAUCCAACAGUCAACACCAUCGGUACCAACAAGCACAGUGACGGUUACCACCUCCGGAGUCACUGAAACAGGAACGACCAGCAAACCCACCACUUCGGGACCCACACCCUCAGGAUCCACUCCCCGCAGCACCACAAUAAUAACAGAACCAUCUACCCACGAGACCACUACCACUGGGACUAGCAGCCCUCCCACAGGAUCACGGACCACCGCCAUCAGCACCCCCACCAGCAGCACCCCGGGCACAACGACAACUGCUCCUGGCACACCAACACCCACCCCGACGACUACAAGCACAUCCGUGCCCACACCAACAUACACCACCUCCCUGCCAUCUCCAACCACACCACCUAGAGAGGGUACAACGACUGAAUCAGGAACAUCGACAAAGACGAGUACUCCAGUUACUCCUUCAGCUACCCCACUGCCAACAACCAGAACGACAGAAACGGAAAGUUCGGUGUCUACCACAGGCACCACAAUCCAACAGUCAACACCAUCGGUACCAACAAGCACAGUGACGGUCACCACCUCCGGAGUCACUGAAACAGGAACGACCAGCAAACCCACCACUUCGGGACCCACACCCUCAGGAUCCACUCCCCGCAGCACCACAAUAAUAACAGAAUCAUCUACCCAUGAGACCACUACCACUGGGACUAGCAGCCCUCCCACAGGAUCACGGACCACCGCCAUCAGCACCCCCACCAGCAGCACCCCGGGCACAACGACAACUGCUCCUGGCACACCAACACCCACCCCGACGACUACAAGCACAUCCGUGCCCACACCAACAUACACCACCUCCCUGCCAUCUCCAACCACACCACCUGGAGACUGUUCCUGCAGGUGGACAGACUGGAUUGAUGUGAGUUACCCAGAUGGUUCUGACAGAAACAGUGGUGACUACGAAACCUUUGAGAACAUUCUGAAGAACGACCCCUCCUGGGUCUGCGCGAAGGUUGAGAAUAUUUAUUGCAGAGCAGAGAAAUUCCCUGAGGUUGCCAUUGAAGAUUUAGGGCAGAAGGUGGAAUGCAGUGUUGACAGAGGGCUUAUCUGUAACAACAGCGAUCAGCGCCCAGGUGGUAUGGUACAGAUACCAGUCUGCCUCAAUUACGAGAUCAGUGUCUGCUGCGUUCCCGACCGACCAGAGUGUUUCCCACCGACAACCACACCUUCAUCCACAACGUCAUCUCUACCCACAUCGACAACCGCACCAACGCCAUCGGGGCUUCCCAGCAGCACCACAACCACCACCACCCCAACCACGACCACACCCCCCACCAGCACCACGACCAGCAGCACCCCAGGCACAACGACGACUGUUCCUGGCACACCAACACCCACCCCAACGACUACAAGCGCAUCCGUGCCCACACCAACAUACACCACCUCCCUGCCAUCUCCAACCACACCACCUAGAGAGGGUACAACGACUGAAUCAGGAACAUCGACAAAGACGAGUACUCCAGUUACUCCUUCGGCUACCCCACUGCCAACAACCAGAACGACAGAAACGGAAAGUUCGGUGUCUACCACAGGCACCACAGUCCAACAGUCAACACCAUCGGUACCAACAAGCACAGUGACGGUCACCACCUCCGGAGUCACUGAAACAGGAACGACCAGCAAACCCACCACUUCGGGACCCACACCCUCAGGAUCCACUCCCCGCAGCACCACAAUAAUAACAGAACCAUCUACCCACACGACCGCUACCACCGGGACUAGCAGCCCUCCCACAGGAUCACGGACCACCGCCAUCAGCACCCCCACCAGCAGCACCCCGGGCACAACGACAACUGUUCCGGGCACACCAACACGGACCCCCAUUACUAGAAGCACAUUCCGAACACCAGUAAUAAUCACCAAAACGCCACAUCCUCCGACUAGAUUACCACAACAGGGUACAACGACUGAAUCAGGAACAUCGACAAAGACGAGUACUCCAGUUACUCCUUCGGCUACCCCACUGCCAACAACCAGAACGACAGAAACGGAAAGUUCGGUGUCUACCACAGGCACCACAAUCCAACAGUCAACACCAUCGGUACCAACAAGCACAGUGACGGUCACCACCUCCGGAGUCACUGAAACAGGAACGACCAGCAAACCCACCACUUCGGGACCCACACCCUCAGGAUCCACUCCCCGCAGCACCACAAUAAUAACAGAACCAUCUACCCACGAGACCACUACCACCGGGACUAGCAGCCCUCCCACAGGAUCGCGGACCACCAGCAUCACCACCACAACCUCAGGACCAUCUUCACCAAUGUCUACAGCGAGUACUACUUCAUCACCACCACCAGAAUCAACAAGCACAGUGGUAGUCACCACCUCUGGAGUCACUGAAACAGGAACGACCAGCAAAGCCACCACUUCAGGGCCCACACCCUCAGCAUCCACUCCCCACAGCACCACGAUAGUAACUGAAUUUGGCAGCACAAUGACAGUCACUGCAUCUCACACUACUUUGACAAGAUCAACUACCUUUCCUGCCACCACAACUUCAGGACCAUCCUCUGUAGAGUCUACUGCUAGUACUACUGUAUCUCUGCCAUCAUUAUCAACCAGCCCCACGUCAGUCACCACCUCUGGUACAACACCAACAGAAUCUUUUACCACAACGUCGGGAACAACCUCUAAGAAUUUUACCGCAAUCACUGCGACCACCACUACCUCUGAAAUUGUUUCCACUGGCUCAUCUGGUACUUCUGGGCCUACUGCAACAUCAAGUGCAGUCACCAUUUCAGGAAGUUCUACACACAGUAGAGUUACUCCACCCAGUCCUCCAAGUUCAACUACAAGUCCAAAAAAUUGUACCAUUUCACCUAAUGAAUCUUAUGCACCAGGUGACUCAUGGUGGCUCUGUAACUGCACUAAUGCAAUAUGUAUAGAAGACAAUAUAAUCCAGUUGGUUCCCAUAAUCUGUAAUCCACCUCCUAAACCUACAUGUGCCAAUGGGCUUUCUCCUGUGCCAGUCAUUGAUAAGGAUGGAUGCUGUUGGCACUGGGAGUGUGAUUGCUACUGCACUGGCUGGGGAGACCCACAUUACAUGACUUUUGAUGGUCUGUACUACAGCUAUCAAGGGAAUUGUACAUAUGUCCUUGUGGAAGAGAUUAAUAAGGAAGUUGACAACUUUGGUGUUUACAUUGAUAACUACCAUUGUGACACACGGGAUGUAGUCUCCUGUCCUCGAACGAUCAUUGUGAGACAUGAGACUCAGGAAGUGCGCAUAGCAACAGUCAAACCAAAUACCCUACAAGUAGAGGUGACAGUAAACAAACAGCCAGUGGCUUUGCCUUAUAAAAAAUUUGGCGUGAGCAUCUAUGAGUCAGGCAUAAAUCAUGUAGUGGAAAUUCCUGAACUGAAAAUGAAUGUGACCUACAAUGGCUUGUCCUUCUCUAUCAGAAUGCCCUACAGCCGGUUUGGCAACAACACUUAUGGGCAGUGUGGUGUUUGCAAUAACAAUACAGCAGAUGACUGCAUGUUGCCAAACGGAAACAUUGCAGAAAACUGUGAAACCAUGGCAGACCAUUGGCAAGUUGUUGAUCCCUCCAAACCACAGUGCUCUCCAGGCCUAAAUCCUACAAAACCACCUAUCACAACGCCAGCGGAGUCUUACAAAAAUUUUACCAUCUGCGAGCUUCUUUUGGGAAGUGUAUUUGAACCAUGCCAUAGCUUUGUCCGGCCUGAAAAGUACUAUGCAGCCUGCCUUUUUGAUAGUUGGGCACUUCCCGGCUUAGACCUGGAGUGCUCAAGUCUGCAGGUCUAUGCUGCCACCUGUGCUGAUCAAAGUGUAUGCAUUGACUGGAGAAGUCAUACCAAUGGUGUUUGCUCUUAUAAAUGCCCCUCAGAUAAAGAAUACAGAGCAUGUGGUCCUAUUAAAGAGACAACCUGCAAAUCAAGUCAACAAAACGAAACUUCAACUAAAUAUGUGGAAGGCUGUUUCUGUCCUAAUGGAACAAUGCUGUACGACGAUGCUGUGGAUGUCUGUGUGAAAACCUGCGGCUGUGUUGGAGUUGAUAUGAUACCAAGAGAGUUUGGGGAAAAGUUUACGGUAGACUGUCAGGACUGUAUUUGCCUGGAAGGUGGAAAUGGCAUUGUAUGUGAGCCUCAUGUCUGUGCCAAACCAAAUAAGACCAGUUGUGAUGGAGAAGGCUUCUAUGAGGUCAAUGAAGUCAAUUCUGAAGACUCCUGCUGCCCCAUUGUCACCUGCAAAUGCAAUACAAGCUUGUGCACAACUAAAGCUCCCAAGUGUGCACUGGGAUUUGAAGUUGAUUCUCAUAUUCCCAGUGGUCAGUGCUGUCCUGUGUACCAGUGUGUUCCCAAGAGGGUUUGUGUACAUCAGAAUGCCGAGUUCUUGCCUAACUCCUCAGUCUUCAUUGAUAAGUGUCAGAAUUGUUUCUGCACUAACGAAGUUAACGUCAGCACUCAACUGAAUAUCAUCUCAUGUGAACAUAUUCCAUGCAACACAUAUUGUAAACCAGGAUAUGAACUUCAACCAGUGAAAGGUGAAUGUUGUGGAAGAUGUGUGCAGACUAAGUGUGUUAUACGUACAGCAAACAAUUCUAACCUCAUCUUGAGUCCUGGAGAGUUUAAAAAUGAUCCUUACAACAACUGCACCAUUUAUAGCUGUUCAAAUAUCCACAAUCAGCUUAUCUCUUCCACAUCUGAGAUUACCUGCCCAGCAUUCAAUGAGGAUACCUGCAAACCUGGAACUAUUACAUUCUUACCUAACGGUUGUUGCAAAACCUGUACACCUCUGGAUAGUGGCACACCAUGCUUUGUCCGUGAAAGAAAAGACUUUAUUGUCUAUAAGGGCUGCCGAUCUGUGGACAGAGUUGUCAUGACUGAAUGUGAAGGAACAUGUGGAACCUUCUCGCUAUACUCUGCUGAGGCCAAUUCUAUGGAGCACAGCUGUUCCUGCUGCAGGGAAACAAGGACUACUGUGAGGAAAGCAGAACUGAAAUGUCCCAAUGGGCAUUCAAUUUCACAUGAGUAUAUAUACGUGGAAAGCUGCAGCUGUCAAGACACUGAAUGCAGAAGCAGCUCACAAUCCAGCGAGUCGCAGAGUACAGAAGAAAAUGACAAAGCAAGCACUCUGAACCGUAUCAAGAGGGCCAUCAGCUUAACAUCAAAAUGAAGGAGAAAAAACCUAGCAGCAUUCAACUAAAAGGACUAUGCAUCAUUCUCAUCUUCCUUGACUACUUCUGAACUUCGCUUUUCCUAGUUACUGUAUCCUGUUUGUUCUCUGCUAAUUUUUAACAGUGCUCUAUUUAUUUGUGCGCAAAAUUAGAACACAAAUUUGUAUUCUUCCAAGUGCAUAGCCUUUUGGGUCCUUUUAUAAUCAGCUUGUUCUCUUUGAAUGAUUAA